ACCCUGCCGGAGGAGAUGUCCAGUCUCGUCAAUCUCAAGGUCCUGCACUUAGAUAACUGUAAGCUGGUCACGCUACCACCAGUAGUGCUGAAACUGUCAAACCUACAGCUAUUAGAUCUAGGACGGAAUAAGUUGAUCUCCCUACCUGAUAAGUUGUACAUCCUAAAGAAUAUCAAAGUGUUGAGACUACGAUUCUGUGAACUGGGCACCGUACCACCAACAGUACUGAAACUUCCCCAGCUGGAGGAACUAGAUCUUAGCUGGAACAGCGGGAUCCACCUGCCGGAUGGGCUGUCCGGACUCACCAAUAUCCAGGUACUGAAUCUAUUGAGAACAAACAUGUCCACAUUUCCUCCGGUAGUGUGGAGACUGACACAGUUAGAAUGGCUGGACAUGAGCCGUAACCCACUACAGACGUUACCCGCGGAAGUCGGACAACUAACUAACGUCAAGGACUUGAACCUGUCCUACUGCCAGCUGUGUACACUCCCACCUGAAGUGUGGAGACUGACACAGUUAGAAUGGCUGUGCCUGCGCAAUAACCCACUACUGGCGUUACCCGGGGAAGUUGGACAACUCAUUAACGUCAAACACUUAGAUCUGUCCGAAUGCCAGCUGGGCACACUCCCACCUGAAGUCUGGAGACUGACACAGUUAGAAUGGCUGGACAUGAGCUGGAACCCACUACAGACGCUAUCACCAGAAGUUGGGCAGCUCACGAACGUCAAACACUUGGAUCUGACGAACUGCCAGCUGCACACACUCCCACAUGUAGUGUGGAGACUGACACAGUUAGAAAGGCUGAACCCGAGCUCUAACCCACUACAGACGUUAGCCGCGGAAGUCGGCCAGCUCACUCACGUCAAACACUUAAAUCUGUCCCACUGCCAGCUGACUACACUCCCAUCUGAAGUGUGCAGACUGACACAGUUAGAAUGGCUGUGCCUGCGCUCUAACGCACUACAGACGUUACCCACGAAAGUUUGGCAGCUCACUAACUUCAAACACUUGGAUCUGUCUUACUGUCAGCUGCAUACACUGCCAUCUGAAGUGAGGAGACUGACACAGUUAGAAAGUCUGAACCUGAGCGCGAACCGGCUACAGACGUUACCCUCGGAAGUUGGAAAGUUUACUAACCUUUCGCAUCUAAAUGUCGAUGGAAAUCCACUUACUAAACCACUAUCUGCAGUGUGCAGUCAGGGCAUUACUGCUAUUAGACAAUACUUUGAGGAACUUGAACGCUCAGAAGAAAAGUUGUCCCGAGUAGAACAUCCCUGACCCAAAUGAGACCAUCUCAGCAAAAUGUAAGGAGCUACAGCAAACGUGCUAACUGUUAACAUGUAUCACGUAGUUUUGGGUUGUUUGCUUUACGGCAACAGACACUCCCAUUAAUGAAGGAAGCAGCAACUCACAAGCCGGGAGAGAAGCAUCAGAUGGAGAAACUGAGACCACUGAGUCACCACCUCCUCCAUCAACCGCACCGGCCACAUCUGCAGCAGGUAAACGCCAAAGUGGCAUACUUCAAAACUCAAAACCAAGAGUACAAGCAGCAACCGGAAGUGACGCAUACUCUACGCAAGAAGCUCUACUUCUUCCCUGAGGCUGCAGUUGACCAGAAUCCUUAGCGCCAACUUUUCCUUUUUCAUAACAAAGACCAGAUUCACAAUUUUAAAUACAUCAAUUAUGCUAUAAAAAAAAGAAUAUCGGGACUAUAGUAAGUCUUUUUAGACCAAGCUGUAAUCACAUUCCUCCAAUUAUUUGUAUCAGAAAAGUCUAUUGUAGUAGUUAAGCUUGACUGACAAUACAUAAAUAUGUAUGUCGGAAGGGAUGGACCUAUUGCCCAGCCCUUCAAGCUCCCUAUGGGAGUGACCUAUUGUAUCGUUUGUAGCAUGUUGCUAUUUCUAUUAACACUAUUUCAAACAGUAAAUGCGUUGAUGUGUAGUUGUAAGAGAUGUUAUAUACCAAGUUAGCGAUAGAAAAUAUUCACAACUUUUGCUUCAGGAAGACUUUUUGUUUGUGAAUAAAUCAAUGUAUAUAAUGCAGA